UUCUUCCUCGCACUUGAAUAUUUGCGUUGUUGUGUGAUUGGCUAUGAGUGUGGUUGGCACAGAAGCCUGAUUGCUCCUGCCUUUUUUUGUUGGUCACUAUAACUUGGCUGAGCUCACCAAUUGCUUAUUUAUUGAAGUCUCUGUGUUGAUUUGUUGCGUGUAACAAUAUGUUGGACAUGCUUGAGUACAGUCAUUACCAGGUCCAGACUCAUUUGGAAAGCCCCAAUAAAUAUCACCUCCCGCAGAGUCCAAGGCAGCAGGUGAAGCACUAUCUGACCAGCACACUUGGCUCUAAGCUAAGCCCUCCAUUAAACAGCCAGCACCCGGAGCACGGCAUGCCCCCCGGCCCCGGAGCCAGCGCCCCCAACAGCCCUAUGGCCCUGCUCACCCUCACAAACAACUGCGAGAAAGAGAUGGACGACGUUAUUGAAGACAUUAUCAGUUUGGAGUCGAGUUACAAUGAUGACAUCCUUGGAUUAAUGGACGCAGGACUUCAAAUACCAAAUACGAUCCCAGUUUCUGCGAAUCUUCUUGACAUCUAUAGUAAUCAUGCACUUCCUCCAUCUGGAGUCUCCAUUGGGAAUUCCUGCUCAUCUAGUUUACCCAGCGUCAAAAGGGAAUUCUCAGCUCCUGACAUGAUGCACGUGGACCAACCUGGACUAUGUGGCAAGUUUGACUCUUAUCAGAGGCCCGAAGGCCUUCCAGUAGAAGCAGAAGUGAGAGCUUUGGCAAAAGAGAGGCAAAAGAAAGACAACCACAACCUGAUCGAACGAAGACGACGCUUUAACAUAAAUGACAGAAUUAAAGAACUUGGGACGUUAAUUCCCAAAUCUAACGAUCCCGACAUGAGGUGGAAUAAAGGAACUAUUCUGAAGGCCUCAGUGGACUACAUCAGGAAGCUACAGAGAGAGCAGCAGAGAGCAAAAGAGCUGGAGAGCAGACAGAAGAGACUGGAGCACACCAACAGACACCUCCUGCUUCGCAUUCAGGAGCUGGAGAUGCAGGCUCGUGCUCAUGGUUUGGCUGUAGGAGGCUCCUCAGCACUUUGCUCCAGUGAGUUGGUGGCCUGCACAAUCAAGGAAGAACCUGUUAGCUAUACAAGCUGCGUGUCCGAGCUGUACGCUCGGCCACACCUCCCCAGCCCGGAUCAUUCCCGGCCCACCACUCUGGACCUCAACAACGGCACUAUUAGCUACAGUGACAGCACCACAGACGAGGCAGAGGCAGGGCUGUAUGCAAGCCACAAAGAACCCUCAGCCAAGCUAAACGAAAUGUUUCUGGAGAACACAAUGUCACCAGUGGGCACCAGUAACCUGCUGCUCUCCUCAGGUUCUCCCACACACUCCGACAGCAGCAGACGAAGCAGCACCAGCACAGAAGAACAGGAGAAGGGCUGUUAGCACCGCUUAAUGAACUUACUCUUAAAUUACUGUUUAUUAGUAUUAUCGUUGGGUCAGUUGUACUGGCUGUUGUCUGUCUAAUGCAAAAUAUUGAAGAUAUUUUCUACAUUUUGAUUGCAAAUAUAUUCAGGAUUUUUGAUUAUAUUAGUAAUAUAUUCAAUGGUGUUUCCAAGCAUCCCUAAAGAUAAACAAGAUUUGGAAAACAAUUAGGAUUUUUGGCAAUUUUUUGAAAUUUGGAGUAUUCAUUAUUUUCAACUGUAUUUUUUUAUUUUGUGCUUUUUAUCAUAUUCACCCGUGAAUGUAUAUUAAAAUAUCAG